AAUAUUUAUCCCAUGUGCAGGAGGGACGCGUGUCGACGAUGUAUUGGGUGAUAGCGAUAACCACCUCUGACAGCUCCCAACGCCUUGCGCCACCUCUGACAUGUGCGCGGCGUGUCAGAGUACGGACGGGCAGCUUGGGCAGCCAACUUAGCCUUAUCCGGGCAGCUAUUAGGGCAGGUAUCUCACCCCUAUAUAAAGGGGGUGAGCCUUUCUUCCUUAACACAUUCUAUUCAUUCUCUAAAUUCCAGUAUACUCAUACACAUACUGACUUAAGCAUCGGAGGCUCUUCACCGGACCCAACCCCCGGUGCGAGAGUUAUUUGCAGGUUUCCGGCGUUCUACCGGCAAGGACAAGAAUCGAUCUACUCCAAACCGGACCCGGACGCUUACACUUGCAUUAUUAUUCUUUGGCUAUCGAAUACGGUGAUGGUGUCGAAGUCGGAGGGAAAAUGGAGGAUGUGCAUCGAUUUUCGUGACCUGAACAAGGCGUGCCCGAAGGAUCUAUAUCUGCUACCCAGAAUCGACCAGCUGGUCGACUCCACGGCAGGUUGUGAGUUGCUGAGUCUGAUGGAUGCAUCCCAGGGGUAUCAUCAAAUCCCCUUGGCUAGAGAGGAUAUGAAGCGGGUGAGUUUCGUGACGAGUCGAGGGACCUAUUGUUACGUGGUCAUGCCGUUCGGUUUAAAGAAUGCGGGUGCCACGUAUCAAAGGUUGGUCGAUAAAAUUUUUAAGGAGCAACUGGGAAGGAAUAUGGAGGUAUACGUGGAUGAUAUGUUGGUGAAGAGUAAGGAGGAACUGGAUCAUGUGCGAGAUUUGAAAGAAACAUUCUUAACGUUGCAGAGAUACGGGAUGAAGCUGAACCCGGCUAAGUGCUCUUUCGGGGUGAGGUCAGGAAAAGUUUUGGGCUAUCUGGUGACCAAGAGGGGUAUUGAAGUCAAUCCGGAGAAGGUUCGAGCUGUGAUGGAGAUGAAGUCACCAACAAACGUAAAAGAGGUGCAGAUUUUAGCCCGUCGAAUUGCGGGGCUGAGUCGUUUCAUAUCGAAGGUGGCGGAGAAGAGUGGUCCAUUAUUCAAAACCCUGAAAAAGAGCGCGAAGUUCCAAUGGACGGAAGAGGCGCAAAAAGCAUUUGAGGAGCUACGAGGGGUGUUGGCCAACCUCCCUUUAUUGGCCAAACCCGUGCAAGGAGAAGAGCUGGUGCUAUACAUUUCUAUCGGAGAAAGAGCUGUAAGUUCGGUACUGUUGCGAGAGGAAGGAACGACGCAGUUGCCUAUCUAUUAUGUGAGUAGGGUGAUGCAGGGGGCCGAGACGAGGUAUUCGGAGAUCGAGAAAUGCGCUUUAGCUGUGGUUGUAACGGCUCGAAAGUUAAGACCUUAUUUUUUUAACCAUAUAGUGAGGGUGCGAACGAACAUGCCAUUAGGAGAGACACUUGGCCGGCCGUCAGUCUCUGGUCGAUUGGUGAAGUGGGCAGUCGAGCUGAGUGAAUAUUCUUUGAUGUACGAGCCAAGGAGAUCCAUAAAGGCACAGGUGUUGGCUGAUUUCAUCCAGGAGGGAACGAAAGUCGAGGAGGAGUCAGAAGGACUAUGGCA